CGAAGAUUCAUGGCCGCCGAUCGACUUGUGAGUCAAGUUUUCCUAUUUCUGUCUUAUUAUGUUUGACUAAGGUGUUGAGAAAAAGACUAGUUGUGAAGUAACCAUGGCAACAGGAGGCUGCGAUAUUAACAAAGCUGGACAGAGUGAUACUGAUGAUGUUGAAGAUGAAGUCACUUAUGAACAUCAUGACACGAACUUUCCGUCGGAGUUAGUAACACUUUUAAAUAACAUGAGGCUCACGAAUGACCUGACCGAUAUGAUCCUAGUUGUUGGUGACCGUGAAUUUCCUUGUCACCGAGCGGUGCUUGCGGCGAGUAGCCCGUACUUCAGAGCGAUGUUCUCAUCUGACUUACGAGAGCGGCAUGAGGAACGUGUCACUUUGUACAAUGUGCAAGCAGACUGCAUGGAACUUUUACUAGAUUUUUCCUACACGGGAAAAAUUGUUUUUACGUCCAGGAAUGCACAAGAUGUUCUUGAAACGGCUGACUUUUUACAGCACAAGAAAGUAGUACACGCUUGUAGCGAUUUUUUAAAAUCUCAGUUAGACGUUUCAAACUGCUUGGGUAUACACCAACUCGCUGAGCGGCACAUGUGUAUCGGGUUAGUGGAAGCCGCCAACCUAUUCAUACUGAACAACUUUUCGCGAAUAACCAAUCAAGAAGAAUUUUUCGAACUUUCUGCUGAUACCUUGGUCGGGUACACGUCGAAAGAUGAAUUAUAUGUACGAAGCGAGGAGGACGUGUACAAGGUGAUCAUGCAGUGGGUGAUGGCAGACGUUGUGGAAAGACUGCCGCAGCUUUGCAGGGUUAUGAGGAAUGUUCGUAUGCCUCUACUGAGUGACGAGUUUUUCAAGAAUCGAGUACAAGAUGAAAUUGAAUCGUUACUCCGUAAAUCUGAGGAGUGUAUGGAAUUGUUGGCAGAAUGCCAGGAAUGCAGGAGAGGAACGCGAGAAGGUCCGAGUGAAUGGAGCCGACCUAGACCUUCCACAGGGAUUGUGAACGUGAUGGUUGUUGUUGGUGGUGCUCGGGAAUCACAGCGGAAUAAUAAACAAAGCUUAAAUAUGUAUUGCUAUGAGCCUAAACAACAGUUUUGGAGUAACCUCUGUGAUUUACCGUACUCUCUUGCCAAUGUGGCUAUGUACAGUGUACUGGCUUAUAGGAAUGACAUCUUUGUUACCGGGGGAUACGAUGGCCAUCGAGGCGGUCCCAUAGCACAGGUGUGGAUUUACAGGACAACUGAGGGAUCAUGGGAUGGAUGCAAAUCUUUGAAGAAAGCCAGGUACCAGCAUGCUUCAACAACCCUUGAUGGAAAGAUAUUUGUGGUUGGCGGAUAUGACGGUCAACAUUCCCUGCCAGACGUGGAAUACUACAGUACUGAAAGCAACAGAUGGACACUGAUUCAACCAAUGAGAGAAGCUGUUUCAUGCCCAUCAGUGACAGCGUUUCAUAGAAGCCUUUUUGUGAUUGGUGGAGUGCAAGACAACAGUACGCUUUGUUGUCCAUUCACUCAGUGUUACAAUGUAGAUACCAGGUUGUGGUCUACGAUAUCAACUUUGAAAAUCGAUAAGAAAGGAUACCAGAGUGUUUUACUGAAUGACAUGAUAUAUGUAGUUGGUGGUUCAUCUCGAAAGACGUACGUGUAUGAUCCUAAUGCUGAUAAAGCAUUGGAAGUUGCCAUGACGAAAGAGAUGCAUCUGUGUCCUGGAGCAGUAGCAAUUGAUGGAAAAAUAUUUCUCACUGGCGGUGAUUCCGUGUCUGACAAAUCUUCCAAGACUGUUGAAUGCUAUCAUCCGGAAUCUGAUGAAUGGAUCGUCACCAAUCCGUCGUUACCGAUUCCAUUGUACUGGCAUGGAUGCGUUACUAUUAUGAAAAAUAUCAAAGACUUAGAGAAAAUGACUCCUCAAACAGCUUUGCAUUCUCACCCUAUCUUCCUGUACAGAGGGUAUGGGGAAGCUGACCCCACUUAUGAUCCAAGGUAG